AACACACGUGCAGUCGGCGAAAACCUAUAGCACGGAGUGAUUAUGGCUCUUGGUUCCCAAGUCGAAACAGCGGCGGAAAAUGGAAUUGAUGAACCCAGCAGAAACGCUGUUAACAGUAAAAAAGAAGAUACUGACUCGAGUUCUUCGGCGUCUCACAAAGGUGCACAAGGCAAUAUUGCCAAUGGACCCCAGAGUUCUGGUAGCAAGAUGAGAGAACAACAGCUGAACGGUGAAAGGGGACCAGAGCCUGUUCUCACCAAUGGGCAUGCUGAAGACGAGGAGCCUGAAAAAUCUAAGGACAAACAGUCAGUGACCAAAAAUGGGUUACUGUCAGAGGAGCAACAAAAAGAGAAAUUAUCCAAUGGACAUCCAUCGAUUGAUGAAACUGUUAGUGGUAGGGCAUCAGAGACACACAGUGAAGAGAAAGACAAAGAGAAACUGAAAAAUAAUGAUGAACAGGUGACCAAAGAGAAGAUGAAGACUAACAGUGAAGAGAAGGACAAGGAUGAUGCAGAUAAAUUCAGGCAGAAAGUAAAAGACAAUGAUGACGAUAAAGAUAAUGAGAGAAUGGAAAAAGAUGAAGCUGCUAGAGAGAGAGAAAAAGAUAAGAAUAAAGAUGAGGAACAAAGCAAAGAGAAAUCAAAACCCAAGGACAAGGAUAAAAGCAAAGAGAAAACAGUAACUGAUAAGGAGAAGGAAAAAGAGCGAGAUGACGAAAAGAAAGAAAAGGAUGAUGAAGAGAAGGAAAAGGAUGAUGAUAAGGAAAAGGACAAGGAUAAAGACAAAGAUGCAGAAGUUGUCUUUAUACAGGACAUGGGGUUCACAGUUAAGAUUGCAAGUCCAGGCUCGGAGCCAUUUGAUAUUCAGGUAUCAAGUAUGGAACUGGUUCAAGAGAUUCACCAGCUACUCAUGGACCGUGAGGAUACAUGCCACCGUACCUGCUUUUCCUUGCAACUGGAUGGUAAUGCACUGGACAAUUUUGCUGAGCUGAAGAAUGUUGAGGGUCUCAAAGAAGGGUCUGUUAUUAGGGUUGUUGAAGAACCGUAUACUAUGAGGGAAGCAAGGAUACAUGUAAGACAUGUUAGGGAUCUACUAAAAUCCCUAGAUCCUGCAGAUGCUUAUAAUGGUGUUGAUUGCAGUUCUCUCUCAUUCCUCAAUGUUGUAACACAGGGUGAUAUAUUGGAAAAGAAGAAGAUGAGACCAGAGAGUGUAGAUUGUACUCCGCCAGACUACAUAAUGCCAGGAAGUCGUGAACGUCCGUUACUUCCAUUACAACCUCAAGCAAAGGAACAAAAAGGUCCCCAAUGUGUAAAGGUGCUCACAACAUCUGGCUGGAACCCUCCACCAGGCUACCGGAAGAUGCAUGGUGAUCUUUUGUACCUUCAUGUGGUCACCCUUGAAGAGAAACAUUAUCACAUUACAGCAUGCUCACGUGGCUUCUUUGUGAACCAGUCUACAGAGGAUGAAUUCAAUCCUAAACCAGCAAGCCCAAGCCAUCUGUGUCACUCAUUAAUAGAGCUACUGAACCAGAUAAGCCCUGCUUUUAAGAGGAAUUUCUCAGUAUUGCAGAAAAAGCGCACACAGCGACACCCAUUUGAACGUGUAGCCACACCAUACCAAGUGUACACAUGGGGAGCACCUCAACUGGAACACACAAUUGAUGCUAUCAGAGCAGAGGAUACAUUUUCAUCAAAGCUGGGAUAUGAGGAACAUAUUCCUGGGCAGACAAGAGACUGGAAUGAGGAGUUACAGACUACGAGGGAAUUGCCUAGAAAAAAUCUGCCAGAGAGGCUGCUAAGAGAACGGGCCAUAUUCAAGGUUCACAGUGACUUUGUCGCAGCUGCAACUCGAGGGGCUAUGGCUGUUAUAGAUGGCAACGUAAUGGCCAUCAAUCCUGGUGAAGAAGCAAAAAUGCAGAUGUUCAUAUGGAACAAUAUAUUCUUCUCACUUGGAUUUGAUGUCAGAGAUCACUAUAAGGAAUUAGGAGGAGAUGCUGCAGCCUUUGUUGCACCGCGAAAUGACUUGCAAGGCGUCAGGGUCUACAGUGCUGUAGACCUACCUGGCUUAUACACAUUGGGAACAGUGGUGAUUGACUAUCGCGGCUACAGGGUGACAGCUCAGUCCAUCAUUCCAGGUAUUCUGGAGCGUGAACAAGAGCAGUCGGUUGUAUAUGGCUCUAUAGAUUUUGGAAAGACAGUAAUCUCUCAUCCUAAAUAUCUUGAAAUGCUAAAUAAGGCUGGACAGCAAUUGAAGAUCCUGCCACAUAAAGUAUACAACGAAAAGCAUGAGGAAAUAGAGCUGUGCUCUUCAGUGGAAUGCAAAGGAAUUGUGGGCAACGAUGGACGUCACUACAUUCUUGAUCUCCUUCGAACAUUUCCUCCCGAUGUCAACUUCCUCAAAUUGGAAGGAGAGGAGCUUUCGAAGGAAGUGCAAGCCUUGGGAUUUCCAAUUGAACACAAACAUAAGUUAUGUUGCUUGCGUCAGGAGCUGAUUGACUCGUUUGUAGAGUCACGAUACAUGAUGUUCAUAAAGUAUGCUGCAUUACACCUCCAGCAGCUAGGUGUAAAGAAACAGCGUGAGCGUGAAGCUUUACGUAGCAGCCAGGAGAGGGAUAAUGCUGUGGAACAAGAAGGCAAAGAGAAAGACUCAGUAGACAAAUCAAAAACCGAAAGUACGAGGAAAAGUCCAGAAACUGAUGUAGUGGCUUCAACUGAGAAUCAAAUGGAAGCUGAUGAAGCAAAGAAAAUAGUUGAGAGUAUUACUGAUUCUAUCUCAAAUGGAGAGAAACAAGAAUUGGAGGAGAGCACAAAGGAGAUAGUUCGGAAAGCAGCACUUGCUGUUGGGUCUCUAAAGGAAACAGAGUUUGACAUCCGCUUCAAUCCUGAUGUCUAUUCUCCUGGAGUUCAGCACAUUGAUCCAGAUGGGGAAAGGCUUAAAAAGGAGCGUCAGCUAGUCAAGGAUGCUUGCGAGUUCCUCCUUACUGUACAGAUACCAACACUUAUUCGUGAUUGUCUUGAUCAUUCAACAGCCCCACUGGAUGGAACUACCCUUUCUGAAAUGAUCCAUAAUCGUGGUAUCAACAUUAGGUAUUUAGGAAAAAUUGCAACUAUGCUGGCAAAAGUGAAGCAGCUGGAGUAUUUAUAUAAUAUAGCUGCCUCAGAGCUAGUGACCAGGGCAGCAAAACACGUCUUCACGACUUACAUGCAGAGUACAGAGCUGAUGAACCUUUCUGCAGCAAUAAGUCACUUCCUUAAUUGUUUCUUGUCUGCCUGUCAAGUACCUCAUCCACAGCAAGUCGCUGAUGAGCUACAAACAAAAACCUCAAAACGCCGAAACAAACGCAAGGGCCGUUCUAAUCCUCUUGUGAAUGCUGACAAUAAUGAAUGGGCUAAUCUAACUCCAAAGUCUCUGUGGAAUCAACUGAAGAGUGAAUUAAAAGCAUACUAUGACUGGGACUUGCCAGCUGAUUCUAUUGAAACAGCUGUUGAACAUUUCUCUUUCCAAAAGAUAUCAUUGCUUAGGUCAUUUUGUUUAAAAACAGGAAUACAAAUUAUGUUGAGAGAAUAUAGUUUUGAUAAUAAGAACAGGUUAACAUUUUUUGAAGAAGACAUUAUUAAUAUUUUCCCUGUUGUAAAACAUAUCAAUCCUCGGGCAACUGAUGCUUACAACUUUUACACUACUGGCCAGACAAAGAUUCAGCAAGGAUACUUAAAAGAUGGGUAUGAACUAAUAAGUGAGGCUCUCAAUUUGCUCAAUAAUGUGUAUGGAGCUAUGCACCCUGAAAUUGCGCAGUGUUUACGUAUGCUUGCACGCCUGAACUACAUAAUGGGUGAGCAUGCUGAAGCAAUGGCUUACCAACAGAAAGCUGUUCUUAUGUCGGAGAGGGUCAAUGGCAUUGACCACCCUUACACCAUUACAGAAUAUACACAUCUUGCUCUAUACUGUUUUGCUAACAGUCAAGUGAGCACUGCACUGAAACUCCUAUAUAGAGCACGGUACCUGGCACUGCUUGUUUGUGGCGAGAACCACCCCGAAAUUGCACUACUUGAUAGCAACAUCAGCCUGAUCUUGCAUGCUGUAGGGGAGUAUGAACUUUCAUUACGAUUCUUGGAGAAGGCUUUAGCACUCAAUAUCCGGUACUAUGGCCCGAAGUCCCUAAAGGUUGCUGUCAGUUACCAUUUGGUGGCUCGUACACAGAGCUGCAUGGGUGACUUUCGAUCUGCCCUAAACAAUGAAAAGGAGACAUAUGCAAUCUACAAGCAACAGCUAGGUGAAUCACAUGAAAAGACACGAGAAUCUUCGGACUGUCUUAGACACCUAACAUCUCAAGCUGUGGUGUUACAGAAAAAGAUGAACGAAAUCUAUACGGGGAAACCAGGGGCAACAUUGCCUCCAAUACAAAUACAACCUCCUUCAAUGGGCAGCGUUCUUGAUAUGCUGAAUGUCAUCAAUGGAAUUUUGUUCGUGCAGAUCAGUCAGCAGGACAUCGAAAAUUUCAAGGCUGAAAUUGAGAAGCGUCAGCUGAAGGAAUCUUCUCCAGCACUCUUGGACGAAAAAUCUGAGAUUCUUUCAGAAGUAAUAAAGGAUGCUGAAAAGAAAAAAGUUGUGAAAUCAAGUUGAAAACAGGCUGAAAAGGCUUAGUGAGGCCAUAGUGCAUUCAUCGUGUGUACAGACAAGAGCAGUGAUUUCAGAGCAGAUUACUAAGAGUCCAGUGACAAGGGUAAAGGUGUAAAACUGCAAGGGGAAAAAGUGAAGAGUGAAAUAAGUGAUGUGUGUGUGUGCCUACUGUCAGUACUUGACAUACAUUUGUGGAAAAUGACAAGUGUACAUCAGAGCUGUAAGUUUUCAGUUUAUCCCAGAGUGCCAUAGGAGUUAACUCUCAGCUCUGUUUUUGUAUCUCUGUGACAAAUUUAUUAGGAGCUGUGUUCCUAGAAGCUGCAGCACACCAUUCUUCUGGGUUACAAAUAGUCUGUCCAUACAAGAACAUAAGUGCAAAGCAUUGUGUUGUGCUGGAAUCCUCUGCAGCUGUCAAAUAGUGCCCAGGGGCAAGUAACUGGAAGUGGCCUAGUUUGUGUGUGCGUGUGUGAUGGAGUCAGUAAAUUGUUACUGAUUUUAUUGUUACUAUUUGAGAAACAUUGUUAAUGUUAUAUAUGCAUUAUGUACAGUGAGACACCUUUUGGGCUAAUGCAUACAGUAUUUUAUUUUUUAAAAAUACAAGAAAUUAUAUAUAAAUGGGUUUUUUGUAACUUUGUUGCAUACGUUUAUCUGUUCUCUUGUUGUUACCUGUGGACUUAAAUAGCAAUACUUGUUAUUUGUAAUACCACAUCAGAAUGCAUUUGAGUAUUCCUGUGAGGUGUCGAGAAAAAUGUGAAACAUGUGCAUUGUGCCUAAGAUGGCUUUGUACUUGUGAAUUGUAUCAUUUUUCCCUUUCUCGUAAUGAGAGAGGUAGUUUCUCUUUGUUUUCUGUUAAUGAUGGUCAUGCAAACAAUGACUAGGUGUUUUGGUACUGGGGAUUGAAAAAGGUACCAUUGGUGAAAGAUUCUAUUAUAGAAUGUACACUAAAUUUAUAACUUGUAUUUAUGGUUGGGUGAUGUUGUUGAAACUGACUACUCAGGAUACAUUAUUAUUGCUGUUACAUACCUGUUAUCAUCUGUUGUUGAGCUGCACUGAUAAGUAGUAGUUUUUAUUUCACGUCUGUACAUUAAAAACUUGUGAUUCUAUUGGACAAAAACAGAGUGGUGAGCAUUUACAUGUCACUGAUGUUCUAAUAAAAUAUCUAGUCAUUCAUUAUUCGUCAUGCUAGAGAAACUACAAAUUUUCUACAGAAGUCAAGCUUCCUUAUGAUUAAAGCAAUUUUUUAAAAUAUAGAAGUACAGCGCAUCAUGCAUAAGAAUGUUAUGAAUUUGAUAGUUACUGUGAAACAUUUAUUACCUGAAUUCAUUUGAAUGUCUGCCAUAAAUUUAGUAGUUCUGAGCUAGUUUUGUUUGAUUUUUCUUUGCAGAAAAGAUUUUCAGUGAAGAAGAAUAGUAAUCAUGUUCACUGAAUUAUCUGAAAACCUAAUCGUACAAUAGGGUUGCCAUUUCAUAGUAGCUCUUUACUAUUGUUGAUAUAUACUGAAAUUCAGUCACACACUAUUUCGUAUACAUAUCUUUUCCAUUUACAUAAUGUUCUGCUUUUAUUUCCUAGCCAUUGUGUUUGAUUGAUGUACACCAUUGUAGGAAGACAUGCGUAUUGUGCGCGCAUUGUACAUCUUAUUUCUGAGACUUGAAGAAUCUCAUAUUGGUUUCACUAAAAUAUUCUGAUACUUUACACACAGGUGGUUUUUUUUCUGUAAAUGCUCACCACAAACUAUUUUUUAAAUGAAUAAAGUUUAAAUGACAGGUUAUUAACAGUUACAGCCUGUGUUCUGAGGAAGUUGUUGGUGUUACUGUGUAAAGCCAAAGAGUUGUUUCAUUGCAUAUGCAUAGUAGUAGUUCUUCCUGAAGAAGUGUGAAUAUGUUAGUGAUUAGUAGCAUGUACUGACUAGAGACCUGAUUUAUCUUUUUUAUAUAGUUGUUAGGUAUUCUGAAAAAUUAUAGUUUUAUAGUUCUUUUGGCUGUUGCUUAAUGUUUGAAUUUUAAACUUUCGAUGGCAGUAUAGUAUUUUUGUAAAUAUUGUAGUGAACUUAUUUUGCUGAGUAGGUACUUUGUACUGUAUCCAAUUAGUUGACAUUCCAUAAUAGUUUUCACACAUUUUUAACACUUCAUAACAGCAUACAGUCCUGGUGCUGGAAAUGGUUAAAAGUAUUUCCGUUAGUUCAAAAAAUGUAAUUCCUUUCCAUUAAAAAUGAGUGUCAAAAAUAAAAUUGUAUACUCCUGGAGAAUACAGCUUCCACAGCAAUAAUGGAACAUGCAGAUUUUUCAAGGUUGUUAAUUAUAUUGAGAGUAUCACUGCUAUAGGUCCAGGAAUAGAAUUAUUCUCAUCUGUAUGUAUAUUAAGAAUGCGCACCAUUCAAAUAAGUCAUGAUAUUGUGACAGUCUUGGUGUUCAGUUUCAUAAAAUAAGCAACAAAAUAUUCAAUGAAAAUUAACAUGUAUAAGGAGUGUAUUCUGUUUAAAGAAAAGGUUUCUUCGUUUUUGUUAAUAAGGCGUGGUUUUCUUUGAGUCUGUGGUAUUCACUAACAAAGUUGAGGCUUACAGGUGAUGCUUCCAAUUCUUUAUGAAUCAGAGACUGCUGUGAUUGGUGCUAAAUAAGUUCUCACUUAUGCAUCGAAGGAUACUUAAAAACUCAUUCUGUUAGUCACAUUCAGGAACAUAAAUCUAUAGUUUUAUGUCUGAAUGUUACAUGUAGCUGAAAAAAAAAAAAUGAUUCAGCAUUGUUCUUACAUUGCGCUCUCGAUAAAU